AUGGGCUUCUCUACAGUCUCGAUAACAUGCAUCGCCAUUCUCCUAACCUAUGUAUACAUCCGGAACCGCAUUCGCGCUCAUACAUCGCAAAUCCAACAGGAUGCCGAAGCGGAGAAGCCAGGCGGUCGCAUCACAGACAGUGCAUCGAAGCCUGCACGGCUGUUGAGAUCGAAACUGGUCGCUGCCCUUCCGCAUAUCGUCAUCACACCGGAGACGCGUGUUGCGUUUGAGGGCGCGGUGAAUGCGUAUUGGGAUCAGAAGGCUUGCGAAGUUGUUCCGUCGUGUGUUGUGCAGCCAAGAAAUGUGUGGGAGUUGGCAAAGGUGGUGAAGGUGUUGAGGCGUGAGUUUGAUCUGCGGGAGAAGGAAGAUGACGACAAGGAGAGGGUUGGAACACCGCUGUUUGCAGUGAGGGCUGGGGGUCAUUCUCCGGUUGUCGGAGCAUCGAGUGUCGACGGUGGUGUGCUUAUUGAUCUUGCGCUGUUGAAGGAAGUUGCGCCAGCGCAGGACGGGAAGACGGUGGCGAUUGGAGCGGGAUGUAAAUGGAUUGAUGUGUACAAGGUUCUAGACGACAAAGCCAUUGCAGUUGCCGGUGGUCGUAAUUCUGCCGUCGGCGUAGCUGGCCUGACGCUGGGCGGAGGAUUAUCCUUUUUUUCACCACGCUUUGGUUUCGUCUGCUCCAACAUGAUCGAGUACGAGCUCGUGCUUGCGGAUGGCACGAUUACCACGGCUUCUGCAACGAGGAACCCGGAUCUCUGGCGUGCGCUCAAGGGCGGGUCGAAUAACUUUGGUAUUGUGACGCGCUUUGUAGCGCGUAGCUUUCCUUGCAAACACAUCUGGACCGGCUUUCUCUAUCUACCGUCAUGGCAAGCGCAAAAGGUUCUUGCGGCCUUUUAUGACCAUGUGAACAAGAGUGUUCAGAGUGCUGAUGAACCGGCGCUGGAUGAGAAUGCUGCCGGCCCCUUGGUUGGCUUUACCUACCUCCAGCAACUGGGCAUACAGGCCAUCGCCGUCAACCUUGCCCAUACCAAUCCACCUGAAGGCAAGACUUGGCCCGCAUGCUGGCAAGCAUCCGGCUUUUCCAAGCUCCAGCGGUUCUGGAGCACCUGCACUGUGCGCACUGUAACAAGCGCAACAGACGAGAUGAGCGUGCUCAACCCACCUGGUCGGCGUCAAGAAUUCGCCACGACGACCGUCAAGAACGAUGCGGCGACACUAGAGGCAGUGCACAAAGUUUAUCGCGACACCAUCCUUGUCUUCCGCACGCAAAACAUCAAGAAACUCUCCUGGACCCUGGGCUUGCAGCCUCUUGUCUCCGACUGGGCGCGCACGGGCGACCCCAAUGUGCUUGGUCUCGAGUCCAUGGCGGAUGAUGAGCCGCUUGUGCUUGUUAGCUUUACUGUCAAUUGGGCCGUGGCCGACGACGACGAGUUUGUGCACUCGAGGACCCGGCGAGCCGUUGAGCAGAUUGAUGGAUUUGCUAAUGAACAUGGGACAAGCCACCCGUAUCGCCAUCUCAAUUACUGCGCGAGCUGGCAAGACCCUCUUGCGGGAUAUGCAAGGCACAACAAGAUUUUCCUGCAGCAUGUCAGUCGCACAGUGGACCCCGACGGCUUGUUUCAGACGGGCUGUACGGGAGGCUUCAAAUUGGGGCUCUAA